GCAACAAGUUGAAAGAAAUGGCUGUUCCGUACUUUAGAAGCGUGUUUAUUACAGGAAGCAAUCGUGGCAUUGGACUAGAAUUCGUCAAACAAUUCCUUGGUCUUUCCAAUGCUCCAGAAUUCGUUUUUGCAACGUGCAGAUCCUUGCAAUCCGAGAGUGCAAACGAGCUCCAAAAACUUGCUUCAAAACAUAGCAACUUAAUCCUUCUACAACUCGAUGUAGACGAUUACGAACAAUUAUCAAAAGUUGCUUCCGAAGUUACUGCAAAACUUCAAGGAAAGGGAUUGAACUUCUUGUUAAACAACGCGGCUAUCAUGAACCGUCAAGUAAUAGGUGAGAUAACGCCAGGCGAGAUGGCGCGACUCUACAAAACUAAUACAAUAUCUCCUAUUAUGGUCACGCAAGCUCUGCUGCCACUUCUUAAACUCGCUGCCAAAGAUCCAAACGACAAAAGCUCUCCAAAAGCAGCCAUUGGUUAUUUGUCGACUGACUACGUUUCUAGUUACUAUCGGCAAAAGAGACGACCCUACCCCUACACGGCAAGCAAAGGAGCAUUGACAGCCCUUGUAAGACCGAUGCAAGAUGAUUUGGAGGAUGAUGGGAUAGUUGUGGCAGCUUUGGAUCCUGGCUGGGUGCAGACGGACAUGGGUGGCCCAAAGGGACACUUCACACCUCAAGAAUCAGUUUCUGGGCUUAUGAAGUCCAUAGCAACAAUAAGUGAAGAUGCUAGAAAGGGGAUGCUGGGAGUUAAGGAAAUGACUCCCUGGUAGAGACAAGUAAAGAGGAGACUGCAUUUGUUAUAGCAAUAAUAUUCGCCUGUCAAUAUGUCAAUUUUUAGGUUCAAAAUAUCACAGGCAACUCAAGGGUGCCAAGAAACAUAAAUUUAUAAGAAACUAAUGUAAUACUUAAAAUCAUACAAAAUUUACAAAUUAUUACUUACUGUAUUUACAUCAUCAACUUUAACAGCUUCCCAUAAGUCCCAAUAUUCAUCCUCAGUUGCAAGAUCUGGCUUUGUUUCCUAAGAGAAAAAUCUGUUAGUUAAUUGGGUAGGGUGAUCAUACUAAUUUGUUUGUAGGAGUUAUAACAAUAAAAAGCUAAUGUGGUUUUUA